AUGUCUAAAAAAUUAAUAGAAUAUCUCUUUCUUCUGUCCAAUUUUCGCUUUGUUUUAAACGUAACUCGUGGUAUUAUUCGCGAGACGAUUACCACUGUAGCACUUAUUUAUGCCACCAGUAUGAACGACAGUGUUGUUUGUCUCUUUGAUGUUGAUGGGACGUUGACAAAACCGCGAAAUAUUAUAACAGACUGUAUGCUCGAGUGCCUACUUAAAUUAUCUUCUAAGAUACCUCUGGCUGUUGUUAGUGGUUCUGAUUUUCCUAAAGUUUCUUGGCAAAUCGGUCAAACUGCUGUAGAUAAAUUUUCGUAUGUCUUCUCUGAAAACGGUUUAGUGGUUCAUAGGCAUGGACGUCAUGUAAACAGUACAAAUAUUGUCGAAUAUGUCGGCGAAGAUAUUCUUCAGGAUUUAAUCAAUUUCGCUCUGCACUAUAUGUCGAAUCUUCGGCUUCCGAAGAAAAGAGGAAAUUUUAUUGAAUUUAGAAAUGGUUUAAUAAAUAUUUGUCCGAUUGGACGAAGUUGUUCACAGGAAGAGCGAGAUGAAUUUGCACAAUAUGAUGCGGUAACUCGUGGUAUUAUUCGCGAGACGAUUACCACUGUAGCACUUAUUUAUGCCACCAGUAUGAACGACAGUGUUGUUUGUCUCUUUGAUGUUGAUGGGACGUUGACAAAACCGCGAAAUAUUAUAACAGACUGUAUGCUCGAGUGCCUACUUAAAUUAUCUUCUAAGAUACCUCUGGCUGUUGUUAGUGGUUCUGAUUUUCCUAAAGUUUCUUGGCAAAUCGGUCAAACUGCUGUAGAUAAAUUUUCGUAUGUCUUCUCUGAAAACGGUUUAGUGGUUCAUAGGCAUGGACGUCAUGUAAACAGUACAAAUAUUGUCGAAUAUGUCGGCGAAGAUAUUCUUCAGGAUUUAAUCAAUUUCGCUCUGCACUAUAUGUCGAAUCUUCGGCUUCCGAAGAAAAGAGGAAAUUUUAUUGAAUUUAGAAAUGGUUUAAUAAAUAUUUGUCCGAUUGGACGAAGUUGUUCACAGGAAGAGCGAGAUGAAUUUGCACAAUAUGAUGCGGAGCAUAAAAUCCGAGAGAAAUUUGUUAAUGAAAUGCGUUUGAAGUUUCACUCAAGUCCUCUGCAAUUUGCUAUUGGUGGACAAAUAAGUAUCGAUGUUUUCCCAAAAGGUUGGGAUAAACGCUAUUGUUUACAAUUUCUCAAGGAGUACAACACCAUUCACUUUUUUGGUGAUAGGACAGAAGAGAGGGUAACCAACUUCAUGCUGCCUGGUCUUAAAUGGGUUCCAGCUGAUUGCCUCCAACUAACAAACACCUAUCUUAGUGCAUCGCUCAGUUGCCACAUUGCGAAAUUAUCGAUAAAAAUCCAUUAGCACUUUGAACUACACAACAUGAAGUUGAUUAGCCUUCAGUGGUUAGCCAGUGCACCUAUCCCAGUCUUAUAGGAGCCCAGUCGCACCCCGAAUAGCUCAAUGGUAAGGUCUCUGAUUGCAGUACUUGGUGACACGUGUCCGAAUCUCAGGCUGAUCAUCAGUUCCAUCGAUGCUGCAGAUACGUCUUGGUGACGAGUACCAAUGGGUACGAAACCUAGGUCAAACAGGGCUUUCUGCCGAUUAACUACGUCCAACUUAUACUUUAUAUGAUCAAGA